AUGCCAAAUUAUAAUCAGUAUUAUGCUAGUAGACCCACCAUCCAGAUCAAGCGCCUGGCGGUACGGUACCAAAGGGAUCAUGGUGGAAAAUGCGGCAUUUGUGGCGACCGAGUUGGCGGACCCCUCGAAAACGAGCUGCCAAAUGGACAAUAUGCCAAAAACUUGGUCAUUACACGCAAAUACAAAGUGGAUCAAACUAUAGAGGUCAAGGUGGAAUUGACAGCAAACCACGCUGGUCACUUUCAAUUUAAACUAUGUCCGGCCACCAGCAAACAGCACGAGGUCAGUCAGGACUGUCUGGACAAACAUACACUACUUAUGGCCGAUGGCGGGUCCGACAGGUAUACUGUGCCGUCAGAAAAGCCCCGGAUAUACACCAUUGGCUUACGUUUGCCGUCUGGUGUCCGCUGCGAUCGGUGUUGGACGUAUACCGCGGGUAAUGAUUGGAUGCAGUGUCCGGACGGGUCCCACGCCGUCGGGUGCGGAGUUCAGGAGACUUUUCGCGGCUGCGCUGAUAUUGCUAUCAAUUAA